UCUUUCUCACCGCAGGUUACAUCCAAGCCUGCAGAGGACUGAUGAUCUCCGCCGUCUGCCUGGGCUUCUUCGGUGCCGUUUUUGGACUGGUUGGGAUGAAGUGUACAAAAGUCGGAGGCUCCGAUCAGACUAAAGCAAAAAUAGCUUGUUUAGCUGGACUGAUUUUCAUACUCUCUGGGUUGUGCUCUAUGACUAGUUGUUCCCUGUAUGCAAACAGGAUCACGUCUGAGUUCUUUGAUCCUUCUUUUGUUGCACAAAAGUAUGAACUAGGAGCAGCUUUGUUCAUUGGAUGGGCUGGAGCUUCACUCUGUAUAAUUGGUGGCAGUAUAUUCUGCUUCUCAAUAGCUGAAAACAGUAAUUCUCCAAGGAGGGGGUAUGCAUAUAAUGGAGCCACAUCUGUGAUGUCUUCUCGUACAAAGGUCCACAACAGCGUCCCAGACAAAACCCCACCAAAGCACUUUGACAAGAACGCUUAUGUUUAAUUGUACUGUUGGAAGAUUCAAAGCGUUUUAAUGUACGUUUCAUGCAGAGUGAUUUCUCCCCAACCCCAAUGUAAUUAUCACUAAGACAAUGAAUUUUUAAAACAUUAACUUGCAGCUUUUUACGUAUUGAUGUAAAUUUUAUUAUAUAAUAUUUUAAGAUUGAUGUUGGUAUUGUGAAGUUUAUACCUGGGAAUCAUGAGCUGAUGUUGCUUUCUUGAAAAAAAAUAAAUGGGGUAUUUAC